UAAAACAGACUUAUUUCAACACGAAAUUUUUAUUUUCAUGAAUUGGAGUCGAGAUGAUAUCGGCCUAAUUUACCAUUUUAAUUUUAAAAGGAUGAGCAAAAUCGCCCUCCCUUUUUACGCUCUUUUCUUUUACUUACAUUUCAUUCGUUUAGGACAAUCCUGUUUCCUUCGCGGCAUCUUGCUUCCUGCAACAGUGCAAUGUCAACUGGGGGAAGAAAAUCUCUCGAAGAAGUCGACGAUCCCUCGCACUUAAUGGACACCAAUCAACUAAAGGUUAUAACAAAUAAAUUGCAAUCUUGCAAUCUCCUCCAACCUCUUCGAAGUAUGUAAGCACUUGUUUACUGCAUCGUCGUCGCUUUAUAACAACGAUUACCACUCACUGACACAUCGUGUUAUCCAAUAUUUAUCCACCGACCGUGCACAUACGCUCUCACGCCGCCAAUCACAUUCGGGAAUUGCAAGUUACGCCUUGCAAUCCAGCCUAAAACCAUGCCAGUGCGCGACUCGCAUGGCGGCACAUCCUCCCGCUGCACCAGGUUGUCAGAAUCUAAACGUUGCUGUCUGUCUCGGGAUGUCAUCUGGUCAGGGGAGGAGCCCCGGUGACGUCACCUGGAGUCCUGCCUACAAUGGGCGGAGAUUUAUGACGUCACACUGGUGGGCGGUGCGUCCCAGUCGACUCCUCCUACAGUGAAGGAUACGGUACGGUGUUCGACUUGACGGAUUUCUCUGUGAUUUCUACGCUUUUUAGGAUUCGUUAUCAAGAACUAGCGGGAUUUUCAAAAUCUUACACAAUGAGGACAGCGUUCUGAUAGCCACCAUAAAAAUCUCACUUGAAGUCUGAAUAUUAUAUUGAGCCAUUACUGAAGAUUCAAAUUACAUAGCCAUGGAAGAGGAAGAGGAAGAUGUGGACGCUGAGGAGGACACACAUGUUUGCCUUCGUUGUCAGACAACCAUCAUAGGUCUUUCAAACUAUAUUGCUCAUCGGAAAGCUGGCUGUGGGAACAGACGCCGUACAAAGCUCAAGGAACAUCCUGAUACAAUCACUGGGAGGUUCGCGGGUUCUCUUAAGCAGAAGGUUUCUCUAGACAUUGCAGAUACCCAAGGAAAUAGGAAGGACUAUGUAGGAACUAGUCCUAGCACUCACAUACCCGAUGCAGCACCAAAGUCUGCUGUAUCGAAUCGAAGUGAACAUGCCAGCGAAGAGGGCAGUCAUUUGAGGUCAUCUUCAGAAAGCAUACAGCAUUGCUAUACUGGGGAGACAGAGCAGCCAGAUGAUGAACCCCUUCACAAGGGCCAAGACACGUCCGUCCUUCACGGAUAUUCUAUGCUCGAUGGUUAUGCUUCACCAGACACGCAAGUACAUAAAGAUUCUCCAGUGUCCAGCACUCACUUGAAAGGUAAAGCACAAGCGCAAGAAAGCCACACACUGAUCCGCAAGCAGAAUCCUUCUCAAGCUCCUUUCACAGGGUAUGGUGACCCCCUUCUGCCACACAGCCAGGAUGGUGUAUCACUUUUCAGACCUUUUGAUGCUUUUGGUGAGUCCCAUAAAAUCCAACAUGAAGGAGAUGCAGAGCAACAUGGUGAGCCAAUGGCUCUCUUUAAAGUUUCAUCGGCAUCUUAUGAACUUGAGAGUCAAAGCUUUGAGUCAAGGUACCCGGAUUUUUACACCAUCCAGUCAGCGCCCCAGGAACCUUUGCUCAACAGUGAAUCGUCAAUUGAACACUGCAAACCUAAGGAACAGACUGAUACCAGACAGUCUGACCCAAUAGAAAAGAAAAGUAUCUCCAAUUCAAAUGAACACAUCAGUGAAGAUACCACAGGGGCCCAAACCAGCUUUAGAGAUGAUGUUUUGAAAUAUGACAGUCAUUUGUCCCCAGACUAUACAAAUGAAAAGUCUGAGCUGAGACAAGAUGAUUUCUUAUCCUCCCUAGAGUUAAGGAGUAGCAUUAAACUUCCUGCCAAAAGAAGGCAUGAGGAUGAUGAGGACGAGUUUGAUGAAGAUGAUGAUGAUGAUGGCACACGACCUCCUCAUCAUCAUACAGGAGGCAAAUGGAGACCUGGAAGCCGUCCUCCACCGUCCGUUGGAGGGAAGUGGAGACCAGCGACGCCAAGGGCAGACCUUGAUGAUGAACCUGAUGAAAUGGAGGAAGAAGAAGAAACAUUUGCACCUCUUCCUCCUACUCAUACAAAGGGAAAAUGGCUGCCAGGGAAAAAAAUAUCAAACAUUGUCAAGGUUGGCAGUACUGUUGAAUAUCACUGUAAUACUUGUAACCGCACACUCAUGGGUAAGGAAAAUCAUGAGUGCCACUUGAAGUCAGAACUUCAUGUUGCUAAUGAAAGCAGGGCGUCUGGUGAAAAGGAUAAUGAAGUCCUUCAUGAAACUUCAGUCACAGAAUCUAGUAAACCUGUCAGAUCCAAGAAAUUGAAAGCCCAGUCUUUUCUAAGGUCUACUAUUGCACGUUUAAAGAGCCGAAAGGUUACGUGUGAUGAUAAAGAUUCGCAUACCGAUGAUAAAGCAAGGAAUAGCCAGCUCAUUAAAAGUAAAGGAAACUCCACCAUAGUUAAGAGCAAGAGAUCAGAAUUAGGGAAUGCCCUUACAAAUGUACAAAGAGCAGGUAUUCAAGAAUUCAGUGUAGAUGAAGAGGAAGAAUGUGUAAAGAAAGCUUCAGCAACAACUUCAAAACUAUUGUGUCCAAUAUGCAAACUCUCAUUUGGUGUAGCUUAUGUGUCACUUCAUUUUGCCUCAUUAGCUCACAUUCAUAAUGAGUUAGAAUACAGGCGGAAUAGAUGCCCAGAGAUAGAUUCAGUUUACAGAAAGCUUGUCUUAAGGAAUUUCGGUGCCAUUAUUAAAUCUUCUCCAUUCUGUUGCCUUGACUGCAAGUUUUAUUGUAACACUAAUGAGGAUCUUCUUAACCAUGCUAGAACUCAUAAAGAAGAUAUGGGCCUUGAUGAAAUGAAAACUUUGUAUUCGUGUUCUGCCUGCAAUGAUGAAGAUCCACUGACGCUGAGUGAUUUAAUUCACCACAUCCAAACACCAUAUCACACUGACAACUCAUUAGACCAAGUGCUUCAAUCAAAACAAAUAGUAGUGCAGAGCAGGGUUGCCAUAGUUUGUCCAUUUGGUGAUGGCACAUUUCAGUAUCGCCGUCAGUAUCUUGCUCAUCGAAGAAUUCACCAUAAUGAUGUCGAGUUCCAGCUUAAGGACCAACGGUUCUUACAUUGUCCUCAGUGUACUAAGAAGUUCUUACGGGAGAGAGAAAUGCGCAUUCAUAUUAAAGAAGUCCAUAAGCCAAGUAAAAAGGAAGUUCAGUACCACUGUUUUGUAUGUGGCCUAGCUUUCUCUACUCAACGCCAAGCAAAGCUGCAUCGCAGGUCUGCUGAACAUAGGAUAACCCUUGGAAGGCAACGUGGAAUAUCAGUUGCAAGAACCUGUAAUCUUUGCUACGAGGAAACAGAAGAUCUUACAACUCUAAGACAACACAUGGCAAAAGAACACCAGAAGGAUUGUACUCCAUGUCACCUUUGUGGAGUUGUUCUUCCACACAGAUCUGAUCUUGCCCAGCACCAACGAGUGUGUUCACGAGAACUUAAUGGUCUUUUAGGUAUUCAUUCUUGUGAGCUAUGCAAUUUCAAAAAUGACUUGCUUGCUCAUGUCUUAAUGCAUUUUACACUUGCACACGGACAACAAGAAGGUGACGGUCGCUUUCCCUGUCAUUUAUGUAAGACUAAGCUAAGGGUAUCCUCUGUAAAGGGUCAUAUGCUUACCCAUAGUAAUGAGUGGCCUCACGCUUGUCAUCUUUGCUCAAGGAAGUUCCCUCUUGCGUUGUGGCUAGAGCGACAUCUAGCCAUUGUUCAUACACACAGUUCUAAACAGCCGAGAGACACACAGUCUCUUUGCGACCUCUGUGGUAAAACACUUUCCAAUAGGUGCCACCUUCAUCGUCACAAGCAAGAGGUCAAAUGCCACGCCCCCGUUUUACCUCAAGACCAAAUUGACGACGAGGUCACCGAAAACGUUUGCUUCAGUGGCGUUAACUCCAACGCCAAAGCGCUAGAUGGGGGAACACUCUACCUCUCAGGAACUGACCAUCACUCUAACCCUUGCGUAGAGGUCACCCAUGCAGCUCUUGGUGCACAGACUGUCACCAACUUGGAUAACGCCACUGACGAUUCCUGUAGAUCCGUCACAUAUGCUUCCAUAAUUCCAAGUGAUGGCUUAACGCCUUCAUCAAACAUCAUCUCUGGAAGUGACAGCACCUGCUUACUGGCGCCCCACCGUGGCUGUAAGGGUCAGAGGACAGCGGAGAAAGUUCAACCCAAGCGUCAGCACGCCCAGCAGUGCGACGUGUGUGGCGUUAGAUGCGAGUCCUUGAGUGCUCUGAAGGCGCAUCGUCAGGAGCACAAGAGACGCGACGGGAGCCACUACCAGUGCCCCCACUGCAGCUACGGCACCACGCACCUCCCGCACCUCCGUCGCCACCUCCGCGUGCACACCGGGUCGAUGCCCUUUUGCUGUACUUAUUGCUCUUACGUCUGCAAUAACCAGGAGAACCUGCGCAAACACAUGCUCAAGACGAAGAAACAUCCAGGUCGCUUCAUGUACGAAUGUCGCCUCUGCCUGGAAAGAUUGUCCUCAUCCCAAAGCGCUUCCAUGCCCUCGACAUCCAGCGAACCCAUAGACUACAGCGGCGCCCAUCCCCUGGAUCUGGAAACUGGAAAUCUGGCGGAACCUAUCCACCAGUCGGAAGAUGGAGAAACUCUAUGCGUUUCUGACGGAGAUGUUUUCAAGAGUAAUUAUGCUACUAAACUUCAUAUUCAUCUUUUGGAAAAACAUGCCAAGUGCUUCCAGACUAAAGACGAGGUUACGGCGCAUAUUCGGAGUUACUAUCGGGCCGAACAGGAUCUCACUGUGACGUCAUCGCCGUUGCCUUUCACCCAUAAGAAGAGACAAAAACGACCAGCACCUAUGUACAGUAUCAAACUGGAAAACCUGAACGACCCCGGGGCGGCGACCACCACCGACUGCGACACGGAAGCAGUCGCAGAGGAAGUCCUGACGCAGAUCGAGCAGUCCCUCGACAUGGGAGAGGACUACAACGAGAAGGCCGCUGCAGCAACCUGCGUGGCCGCCUCCUCCGGGCAGGUUGUGGUGGUGGAGCACCACAAAGCAGGAGGGGGAGGAGGAGGAGGAGGAGGAGGAGGGAAGGAGCUGGAAACGCACGAAGUAAUCCGCCCGGAGAGUUUCCAUGGGGCUGGAAUGGACGGCCACGCCAUCCAACCAGAUGAAACGGCAGUCUCGAAGGAUCUGUCCGUUGUUCCAGGUCCCAGCUGUGGCACUGACCUCAAGGUCAUCAGAGGUCCCAGAUCCUAUCUGAGGACUGCCAGUCGCCCUUCCAUUCUGAGGACCAAUCAGCAUCACCCUUCUCCUCAACAUCAGCCUCUGAGGAUAUUGAUCCAGCACUUGCCGGACGUCGGUCCUCACGAAGGCGAGGAGGAAGGCACCAGGCAGGUGAUCCUCAUCCUACCGGAGAAGGUCGGAGGGCAACCUGCGGACGUGGCCGCCCUCCUCCCCAGCCUGGGCUUGGCCUCGUCUCCUGCGGACUGCGUCUCCAUCGUCACAGUUCAGCCGAAGGAUGACCACACGCACCAGCAGUUGAGAAUUCUGUCAGAGGACCAUCAGCAACUAACAGCGGCGACAGAUGCCCACGUCCAGCAGAUGCCCAAGCACCACGUGGGGCAUCCCCACCAGGAGGGAACCGUGAUCAUGCCAGGCGACCAGGUCAUGACCUUAGAAACCCAGAUGGUGGCUGACGCAGAGGUCGCAGCCGUAGCGGGAGAGCAGGUGCUCCAUCACCACCACCACCCGAGCUCCGUCGUGCUCUGCGCGCCGCCCCACGACCAAGAACACGUCUUCAACCCCCUUCAGGUGGUGGCCGAAGCCGCCGAAGCCCUGACGCAGAACGAGAUCAUGACCCACCAGGUCAUAGACGCAUCGUCCCACGGCGCCCCCGAGGUCUUGGCAGCCCAGGGGUCCGUCGUACAGCAGACGAGCCUCCUGCAGGAGGCUAUAUUUAACCACCCUGUGGGGAUACAGGCUGCUACUGCCGCAGCAGCUGUGCAGUCUGCUGACGCAGCGGGAAUCUUGCACCACGAGGCCUCCGUCGAGUACGUGGACGAACACGUCAUCGCUUCUUCGGAUCAGGUUACGUCUCAGAACGCCGAAGAAAGCGAGCAAAUCAUUUAUUCCCUGAGCUUGUGAAGGCAUAUGAUUCAGAUUGAGGUGUGCUUCCAUGUCUUGAAGUGUGCUUCAGUACCACUGAAGUGUGUUUCAUACCUUGGAGGGUGCUUCAGUACCAAUGAAGAGUGUUUUCAUACCUUGGAGGGUGAUUCAGUACCAUUGAAGUGUGCCUCCACGUCUUGAAGCGUGCUUCAGUACCAUUCAGUACCAUUGAAGUGUGUUUUCAUACCUUGGAGGGUGCUUCAGUACCAUUGAAGUGUGCUUCAGUACCAUUGAAGUGUGCUUCAGUACCAUUCAGUACCACUGAAGUGUGCUUCCAAGAAUUCAAAGAAGCGUCGUAUGUGUAUGAGUCUCAGUGUCAAUCACUGGCAUGUGAUUGAAAUACCACGUUCCUCGUUUACUGCAAGUACUUAUACUUCUGUGAUGUUACUUAUGCAUGUGUGUAUGACUGUUAUUUUGUCUCUCUUUCUCUUUCAAAUGCUGAGAGGAUAUCUGCAUAACCAGACGUUUGUUACAAAGCCUAAGAUCCAAAUGAUGAACCAGGCGAAAAAGGAUAUGAUGUCUAUUCCCGCUCCUAUCCCGUUGUCUGCAUCAAUGUGAAAAAAACCACUUCUGUAUUUACUCUGUAAAAAGUAAAAAAAGGGCAUCAAUAGUGUCUUUAUAUUCAUUGAGAUUGCAAAAGAACGAAUGUCCUAUCCCUUUGUCUACAAGCAUCGGUGUAAAAGAAACAAGCACCUCCUAUUUACUCUGUAAAAUGUAUAAAAGUACAAAAAUAAAAGUAUCAAAAGUGCCUUU